AUGAAACCAGAAACUUUAGUUAUGAAAAUAAUAGAAGCUAUUGAAACAGCUUCCCCAACUGUAAUAACUUUUAAUGGUAAAAAAAUCAGCAUAACUAAAAAACUUAUUGAUAAAUACAAAUAUUGUAAAGUCAGAGACGAUAUAGAUUUAGAAAGAAUUGACGCGAACGCAAAAGAAGGUGGAUUUUUACCUUUCCUUCUACCAUUAAUAUUUGGUGUUAUUGCAGCGGCGGGUGCAGCAACUGGAGGAAUAUCUGCCGCAGUCAAAGCUGCCAACGCAAAGAAAGCAGCUGGUGCUAAAGCCGCUGAAGAACGUAGACAUAAUUUAAUAAUGGAAAAGGAAGCCAAAGGUUCAGGAGAGGGAGAUAUGAUAGGUACAAUAAAAGAAUUUGGAAAAAGAUUUGGGGAAGAAACCAAGAAAACUGUUAAACAAGGAUUAAAUAAAUUAGUAGAUAGUAUUGACACAGGAGAAGUCAAAGUCAAACAUAACAAAUAUUUCCUAAUAACCCAAUGCGGUAGUUCCGGGAAAACUCAUCACACUUUAAACAUGUUGACAACACCAAACCUUUCAUAUUUCGAUUCUUUGAAUAUCUACACAACAACACCAGAGCAAUCGUAUUAUCAAUUCCUCAAAGCUUUAGAAUAUCUACCAAAGAAAGAUGUUCAAGACCUAUUUCAAUAUUACGAAGAAAACGAAGAAGAAGUGGAAAUAAAAGAUAUCAUAGAUAACUACAUCGAAGGAAAGAAUCCAACGGAUAUAAAAGUUUUUCUUACGAAAAAUGUUAAUGAUCUAGACUUGUCUAAUAUUGAUAGCAAACGAAAGAACGACUGCGUAGCGCAAAGAAAUCAAGCUGUUUAA